AGGUAGCGAAGCUGUACCGUUACCGUAUCGUCCAGAACAGCUCCCUAAGCCACUUGAUGUGCCUGUCGCCGAAGGCCAAGAUAUUACAAUAAGUUGUGACUUCAAAACUGGCGACGACGAACAGAUAGUCUCAUGGAGCAGACUCGACCAACGCCCAUUGCCACAAAAUGUUCAACUCAACGACAGAGAGCUGAUCUUCCAGAGAGCCACCACAGAAAACGCAGCCGAGUACCUCUGCAAAGUGACAGGUGGUGGUUUCUUGCUGCGUCAGCUAUACCUCAGACUGACGGUACUGGCAUUGCCUCGUGUCGUCAUCCGUCCGGAGAGACCCACAGUCACGCGCGGGGACGAGUUGACAUUGGAGUGUGUCGCGGAAGGCAACGCUCAGGUGUCUUGGGAGCGUGUAGACGGAGCUUUCUCUAGGUAAGACUUAGAUUAAACAAGUAACCACCAUAAACGCUGGCGAGUAUCUCUGCAAAGUGACAGGCGGUGGUUUCUUGCUGCGUCAGCUAUACCUCAGACUGACGGUACUGGCAUUGCCUCGUGUCGUCAUCCGUCCGGAGAGACCCACAGUGACGCGCGGGGAGGAGUUGACAGUGGAGUGUGUGGUGGCAGAUAACGCUCAGGGGUCUUGGGAGCGCGUUGACGGAGCUUUCUCUAGUCGCAUGGAGAAUCGAGGCGAACAGCUGGUCUUCCGGAACAUAGAAGUAGAAGAUGGUGGAUCUUACAGAUGCAUUGCACGUAACAACGCGGGGGAGACUGCCCAUACUACGCAAAUUGUCGUCAAUGAUAUACCGCCACCACAACCACAAAUACAACCGCCACAAGUCAGCCCUAGAGUCACAGUCAACGUGCGGCAACUGAAGAUAGCAAGAGGGGAAAAUAGGACUGUGGACUGCGCUCCUGAGGGGUCCCCGCUACCGAGGGUCCAGUGGACCAAGGGAGAAGGCGAGUUCGGCAAUGGCGUUAGACAAGACGGAACCAAACUAACAAUAACCAACGCGCAAGACGGUGACGCAGGAGACUAUGUUUGCACCGGCAUCGUGCAAGCGACACCGGUGUGGACGGAUUACCUUCAAGUUGUGGUAGAAGAUGUACCACCACCACAACCGGAACAACCGCAAGCCAGCCCUAGAGUAACAGUCAACGUACGCCAACUCAAGAUACCACGAGGGGAAAGUAGGACUGUGGACUGCACUCCCGAGGGAUCUCCUUUACCGAGAGUUCAGUGGAACAAGGGAGAAGACGAGUUCAGCAACGGUGUCAGACAGGACGGAAACGCCCUAACAAUAACUAACGCCCAAGACGGUGACGCAGGGGACUACGUGUGCACCGGCAUUGUGCAAGCUACGCCGGUCUGGACGGAUUACCUGCAAGUUGUUAUAGAAGACGUGGAACCGGUUGCCGAACCAAGACCAUCAGACCAAAAUCCCCCAAAAGUGAAAGUCAGCGAGUCACAAGUGAAAAUGACACAGGGAGAGAGCAAAACUAUCGAAUGUAAUCCCGAGGGUUAUCCGCUGCCUACCGUUCAGUGGACCAAGGAGGAAGGCCAAUUCACCAGCGGCACUAGACAGGAGGGCAAUUCGCUGGUCAUAUCUGAUGCUAAAGGAGAAGACACGGGGUAUUACAUAUGCAGUGGCGUCGUGGAUGGAACUUCUGUGUACACUGAUUACCUUACUGUUGAAGUUGAAAGCAAAAAAAUAGCUAUGAGAAACGAUGUCAACCGAACGGUGUCUAGAAUCAAAGAGAAACGGAUAACAUAUCUGUUAAGCGAAGAUGACAGCUAA